CACUGCAAAAUGUUCUAUCCAUUAGCAGUAGUUUGCUUUAUUUGCUCGUUGUAUUUAGAAGUUGCCGCGGUUAGUAAGCAAAUCAGUUAUGGCCACUACUCCAUUAUGCAGCCUAACACUGUCGAUUUCACUAGAGGAUUCCAAAACUUAUUGCAGCGAGUGCAAACCGAGAGUCGGUUCGUUAGUUACUUUCUGUUAAAGAAUCAUCCGAGUGAUUGUGUGGACGAGCAGCUACCAACGAACUUCGAACUGCCAUUUAUGCAAUUGAAUACGAGCCUUCCGGUGUAUGUACGCGGCACUGGCAAUAGCUUCAUAUUGGCUAUAGUUUGCGUGAAAGUACUCACCAAUAAGGAUUUCUUAUUGGCAUUUGCUAAAGAUCUGCAGCACAUUCGCACCAGACGUGUUUUGGCUAUACACAACGGCGAUCUCGCAUCCAGCGCCAAAUCGGAUAUUGUGACAUUUUUCAAACACUGCGAACAAGUACGAUUUCUUCAUGCUGUGCUUAUACAUCGCGAUUUUGCAACCACACACAUCUAUCAUUCUUACAAUCAAUUUCCCGAUUUCGAAUUGGAAGCUCGCGAUCUACGAUCCGCCACGCCCAUUUAUCCGAAUCGUUUUAUAGACGUACGACGAAAGAGAUUACGUAUAUUAAUUGACCAAGUAGAGCCGUUGACCAUGUUGUACCGAAAGAAUGGUUGCCUUAUCAUAGAUGGUUACAUCGGCUACUUUUUGAAGACAUUCGCCAGGCGAUAUAAUUUUCAACUAUACUUGCCCGAUAACUAUGAAUCAACGGCAGAGCAUGUGCUUUACAUGGAGGAUAUUCGCCAGGCCGCUCGCAAUGAUUCGAUCGAUGUGGGUGCGAGUCUAUCGACUCCGCAAAAGGAAGAAAAUUUACACGAGUACAUCUAUCCGGUCGAGUUUUAUCAAUGGCUAACCAUGCUGCCAGUGGAAGCGCCUUUGGAAACAUUCUACUUUUAUACAAAAAUUUUCGGUCCAGCUGUUAUAGUUAGUCUAUUUGCCAUCGUUUGGUGUUUGUGCGUCAUUGACGCCAUUCAUGUCAACUUGGCAUGCGGCGGAAGUUUAGACGGCAAGCGUCGAUUACUACUCUUACUUAUAAAUCCCUGGCAUUUUGAUUUACUGCGUGGUAUUGUCUGCCAGUCCUCUACCGUUCGUUUUAAUUAUGGCACUCGGCGUAUUAUUUUUAUACUGAUCUUUGCUUUGGGUGGUACAUUGAAUAGCUUCUUUUCCACAAAAUUAGUGAAUUGGUUGACAGUUCCCCCGCGUGAGACACCGAUUGAAGAAUUUAGUGAAGUUGGUGAACGCAAUCUACAGAUACAAGUCUCUCAACCAGAUAUAGCUGAAAUUAAAUUUUACAAAGGCGUGGAAUUUUGGAGAGAACAUAGCCAGAUAUUCGAGAUAGUACCGACUUUUGAUGAAUAUCAAAAAAAUAUACGCAAAUUGGACAACCGUUAUGGUUAUAUAAUGAGUUCAUUGAUGUGGCCAACAAUUGAGGAGCGUCAAAAGUAUUUCCAAUAUCCGUUAUUUCGCUUAUCGGAAAAAUUGUACUACACAAAAGGCGCCCUCCUUAGUUUGCCCAUCAGUGAGAAUUCCAUGUACAAAGACCUAUUGAGUGAUUUUUGUUUGCGUGCACGUGAAAAUGGUUUACUUGUACAUUGGUAUAAAGAGACUUUCUUUACGAUGGUCAGAUUGGGGCGUUUCAGUCUUAAGGAUCCCAGUAGCAGGCACAGGCACCAAGUGCUUACACUGAAGGAGUUCGAAUGGGUCUAA